UCGCAACUUUAAAAGCAGGGGUCAGUCUGCCGUGCCCGUACUCGCACAGCUCCCGACGGUAGAUCGAGUCGAAUUUUCCUGUUCCCAAGCCUUGGCCUAAAACCCGGCAAAAUGACGUCACAGAUUACCAUAUACCAAGAUACUGACUUCAAGGGAGCUUCAAGAGAAGUUACUGGAGACAUCAGCAACCUGAACUCCAUUGGUUUCAAUGACAGAGUGUCGUCUAUCAAAGUCGUCGGCAGUGUGUGGGUAGGAUAUGAGCAUACCAACUAUAGCGGUCGGCAGUAUAUCUUGGAAGAAGGCGAAUAUCGUAAUUGGGGUGCCUGGAAAGGUUCUAAUGAUCAACUCUCCUCGCUGAAGAAGUUAAACCCGGACAUCGGUGACGAGCCACAGAUAACGCUGUACCAACAUACUAAUUACGGUGGGAGAGCUGUGACCUUCACCUAUGGGAUAGAGAACUUGAAAUACUACAGCUUCAACGACGAAGUGUCGUCCGCAAAAGUCAAGAGUGGCAUCUGGAUCUUGUUUGAGCAUUCAAACUACAACGGUAGACAGUACGUUGUCACCGAAGGGUCAUACCCUAACUGGAACAGCUGGCAAGGGUCCAACGAUCAGAUCUCAUCGCUCCGACCGAUCAAAGAACCGUUCUUACCCACUGAGGUGCUGAGCAUGGAGUUUGACAUCGCUGCUGGACUCCUCAACUCUACCCCUGAAGCCCUGGUCAACCUGUCCCAGCGUAAUGACUCCAGCGUAGACCAGGCCGCCUCCUGGGGCACCUCACGCACCGUCACGACCACUAAAACCUACGAGUGGAGCUGGAACAACUCCACCACCAUCAGCGUAGAGACAACGUUCAAGACCGGUGUGCCCGUCAUUUCCGAGGGGGAGAUUACCAUUGGAGUGGAGAACACAUUCUCCAUCGGCGAGAAUCGAGGCGAGCAGAACACACAGUCGGAGGAGUGGAACUUUAGCCUUCCAGCCACCGUCAAGGCCAAGACCAUGCUGCGUGUGCAGGUCCUCAUCCAGCAAGGUAAGAUUGAUGUGCCCUUCUCGGCCAUCUUGCAGAAGGGCAACAGACGCUGGAAGGAGGUGGGAACUUACCAUGGCACGCAGAGCUACAAUUUGCAGGUAAAUUACACAGAAACACCCCUGUAAAGCGUUCACGCUCAAGCCGAAUGACGCAGUACAAAAUAUAUAGAAACACAGAAAAUCCAAGUAAGCAAAUGGAAAAUUUAGCUAACCGAUUAUCGUAAACGCUGGUAUCUCAAUCGAAAGAGCAAUCUAGUCGUAGUGAAAUAAGUACAAGUUUCUAUACAAUCUUUACAUUAUCUACGUUUAUACUUUUUGAAAAUAUGUUUUAUUUUACUUCACAAUAGAAUAGAUUUCUGCUUUUAGCGGCAGUAAUUUGUGGCAGGUAACAUUUAACGGAGUGACAAACGUUUGGAAAUUAGCUAGUUUUUCAACCAGUUCUUGAAGCUAUUAGCAUAAAGUAAAUGAGUUAUGAACAGAGCUUGUACUUGUGUGUUUUUUUCUUUCGGUACACUGAUGGAACUCGAAUUAUUUGAAAAAGAUAUAUGAUUUAUCGUAAACGUUUUCCUGGCAACAAACAUUUGUCCUGUUACAUUCCGCAGCUGUUUCUUCUUUGCAUUUUGAUUACUGAUACGGUGCUCCCGACAAAAAUUAAAACUAUAUCAAAUGAUUUCGAACUCUUUAUUUAGGUGGUCAUUAAAGUUGUGAAUAAAGUGUGAUAUUUUCCCAUAUGUCGGUGACAAGUGACGUUAUUUGCAUUAGAAUUUGCACUUCUAAACUAAACCACAUAGGUUGAGUUAAUAAUGCAUUUGUCCGAUUUCCGAGUUGUUGUAGUGAACAUCAUUGGAACAAUUAUUAAAAACAAGACAGAAUUUUUUUA